AUGUUGCUGAGGACACUGACGGUUGUCGCUGUGCUUCUGUUUGCCAAUCAAUCGGCUGCGGAGGAGUUUGACUACAUUGACCGGCUGUCGAACACGGUUACGACGACGCAUGAAGCUGCUUACAAGAUCAAGAUCAGUGAACCCUUUCGGUCAUUGGGAGAACUGCACCAUCGCCAGGAAAGCAACGGGCACAUGUUCCGGGUGUCUUUUUCAGCCUUUUCGAACGGAUCCGACAUCAUCCUGAUUCAUGCCGAAACGCUGGAAGAUGCGAGCGGCAUGUUGAACUACGAUCACCUUCCAGCCGGCGAGAUCAACGGCGUCACGGUCGGUCUGCGCGAACAAUGUCUCCCCAAGGAGGCAGAAGCUUCCCUUGCCGGCAAUCGCGAAGCAUUGUUCGCGAGGGAUCAGGGGUUCGAACUUCAGCUGCCUUUCUUGCUGAUGCAACACCUCAUUGCGUCGGAAGACGGCAAUGCGGAACUUGUCCUCUCUUAUGGCCGGCACGUCGAAGACUGUGCUGAAAUCUCAGAUGCUUUCAGGUCCGAAACACAGGCGCGUAUAGCGCGCGCCAUCGAAUUCGAACCAAUUCCGGAUUAG